CGUCUGUGAAACAAUCACUGAACACGCACAUUAAACUCUUUUUACGUGCUCUAUCUAUAUAUAAAAAGGAUAAUGAACAAAAUGGCACUUAAAACAACUAUGCCUAGUAGGUGCUCCGGGCAAUCGAUCAGUCAACAGCGACAGUGGCUGAUUAGGUGGUCUGCAGACAAUCCCGAAGUUCGAAUCAAACGGAGAAGUACACAAUCUGGCGUCUUCGAGAAAGACGAUCAAUACACAGUGCUCUCCCAU